GCCAGGACAUCCAAGAUAUUCUUUUUUCGUUAAGGAUUGGGAGUAGAUAAAAAAGAAAAACUCACGCAAAAUGGCAACAGAUCUGAAUGCUAAAGGGCGGACUCACUUGUUUAAAAACAAGGGAAAGGAUGCUGACGAAAUGAGAAGAAGGCGCACUGAGGUUACAGUUGAAAUUAGGAAGAGUAAAAGAGAUCAGCAUGUGUUGAAGAGGAGGAAUGUGCCGAUUCAGGAUAGUACAGAUUCCGAUGACACUGAAAAGCCAACUAGCCAGUCUUUACAGUCCAUUGUAGAGAAUGCAGCAAGUUCAGAACCUACAGUCCAACUCAAUGCUGUCCAGGCGGCCAGGAAACUGUUGUCCAGUGACAGAAACCCACCAAUAGAUGACCUGAUUGCCUCAGGAAUUCUUCCUAUUCUUGUAGAAUGUCUUUUGAAAGAUGACAAUCCUUCCUUGCAGUUUGAGGCAGCCUGGGCUUUGACAAACAUUGCAUCUGGAACUUCUCAACAAACUCAAGCUGUAGUCAAUGCCGGUGCUGUUCCUUUGUUCCUGAGGUUGCUUACCUCCCAUCAUCAAAAUGUCUGUGAACAAGCAGUGUGGGCAUUAGGAAACAUUAUUGGUGAUGGGCCGCAGUGCAGGGAUUAUGUUAUCAAGCUAGGGGCUGUUAAACCACUUCUGAACUUCAUCAACCCCAACAUUCCUCUGCCAUUUUUAAGAAAUGUUGCAUGGGUCAUUGUAAACUUGUGCAGAAACAAGGAACCCCCUCCCCCUCUGGAGACCAUCCAGGAAAUUCUCCCGGCCUUGUGUCAGCUGAUUCACCAUACAGACAUUAAUAUCCUGGUAGACACAGUGUGGGCGUUGUCCUAUUUGACAGAUGGAGGGAAUGAACAGAUACAGAUGGUGAUAGAUUCGGGGGUAGUCCCAUUCCUCGUUCCUCUCCUUAGUCAUGUUGAUGUCAAAGUCCAGACAGCAGCUCUGAGGGCGGUAGGGAAUAUUGUUACCGGAACAGAUGAUCAGACGCAAAUCGUACUCAACUGUGAUGCCCUUUCACAUUUCCCUUCUCUAUUGACACAUCCCAAAGAAAAAAUUAAUAAGGAAGCCGUGUGGUUUUUGUCCAAUAUAACAGCUGGAAACCAAUCUCAAGUACAAGCUGUGAUAGAUGCUGGCCUCAUUUCACUCAUUAUUCAUCAUUUGAUGAGGGGUGACUUCCAAACAAAGAAAGAAGCAGCAUGGGCAAUUAGCAAUCUAACAAUCAGUGGUAACAAAGAGCAGGUGGCUAAAGUGGUUGAAAAUGGUGUCAUCUCACCUUUCUGUGAUCUUCUGGGAGUUAAAGACACUCAAGUGGUGAAUGUGGUAUUAGAUGGUAUAAAUAAUAUAUUAAAGAUGGCUGGUGAUGAUGUGGAUCGUAUCUGUACCAUGAUAGAGGAGUGUGGGGGUCUAGACAAAAUAGAAGCAUUACAGAAUCAUGAAAAUGAGGAUAUAUACAAACUGGCAUAUGAAAUAAUAGAUCACUACUUUUCAGAUGAUACUGAAGAGGAUCCUAACUUAGCUCCAGAGGCUUCAAGUCAAGGAUACCAGUUUGAUCCCAGUGCUAGUGUACCCCAGGAAGGCUUCAAGUUCUGACAAAAUGCAAGACGCCAUGACUGUGGAGUCAUGUCAUGGACUUCUGUUAGCUCCAGGGAGAGAGUGUGUGAAAGAGGAGCCAUUCUACAUUGUGGUCUGUAAGGAUUCUCAUCACUAGCGCCCAGUGUAUUCUCCAGUGAGAGAGAGAGCGUGAGACACAGCGUGGGCAGUGAGAGAGGCCUACUGUACCCACUCCUUUAUAUACGCCGAGGUACAGCUGCAAUUUCAUUCAGUGUUGUUUUCACCGUGAAAACAAUAAGUUGAUAGCUUUUUUUUAACAAAUGACUUGCAAAAAAGCUGUUUUAAUAUAAUUUUAACUUCCUAGGAGUAUGCAAUCCAAAUCAUUUAUGCUUUUCUGUAUCAAGUAAAGCAGAUACAGAUUUUAAAAGCUGGAUGAAAACACAUCCCGUGUUUCAGACUUUUCUUAUGAGUAUGUAUAUUAUGGUUAUUUGUGAUAUGUUGCUGUUUUUUUACCCUUGAAUGCAUUAAAUGAGCAUGUAUGUGAGAAAAAAACAAUUGUUCAAUUUUUGUUAAAAUGCUCGUAAAGUAUCAUUACAACUAAGUGACAUAUACAUGUAUUUGGUUUUAUAUCGUAUCUUUUACAACAUGUUGCAAUUAUUUUAAACAUCUUCCAGAAAUUAAAGUGAAUAGUACGAGCAAAUAAUCCUUGUAAGGUGGGAUUUAAUGAACUCGCACUUUAAAUGGGAGAGUCUAAAAUUUAGGGGAUACAUUAUUGAAAUUUAACUCCAAAUGGAGUUGCCUGCCCUUUUCAUUGUUAUGCAUCAACACACAAUCCAAAUACAUGCAUAAGAAUUAAAUUUGGCUUCAUUUGUAAUGUUUAGAAGGACUCGAGACAAAUUUAUCUCUUUCCAUUUCAUUUUUAAAAGAUAGCUUAAAAUACUAAUUCCAGUUUGGAAUAAUGUAUGUGUGUUGGUACAAUUUAAAAAAAAUGACCAUUUGAAAAGACUAGAGCAGGUCUUAGUGAAAUAAUUCAGUGGAUCAUUUUAAACAAUGUAAUUGAUUAAAUUUGGUAUCCAUUGGGCUAUCAAAAUAUAGAAUGUAAUUGUUAUAACUGAAAAACAAAAAGUGGUCCACAUUGAAAUAUUUAGGUUAUUUUGUCCACCCAAGUUAUAGUGAUCAGAUAACAGUAAAUGGUCAGAUUUU